AUGGUCGGGGCCAGACAGCAGCAGGUGCUGACCCUCCUCCCCACCUGCCUUGCCCUGGCCUUCUCCCUCAUUGCCGUGGGCAGCAGCUAUUGGUGCGAGGGGACCCGGAAAGUGGCAAAGCCUCUGUGCCUGGACCAGCCGGGCGGGCCACACUGCAGUCACUUCAGCGGGGGCCACGACAGCGAUGGCAGGAGGAACACCGGGAGCCAGGUUGUCCAGUACAUUUGGGAGACGGGGGACGACAAGUUCAUCCAAUGCAGGUUCCACGUGGGGCUCUGGCAGUCCUGCGAGGAGAACCUUGGCAGCACAGGUGAAAAGUGUAGGAGUUUCCUGAGUAUAAUACCAGCUGAAGAACAAGGUGUUCUGUGGUUGUCCAUUGGGGCCGAGAUCCUGAAUAUCCUUCUGUUGUUCACAAGUGCCAUCCUCCUGGGGUCCAGAGUGAGUUAUCAUAGCUCUGGGUUCCACCGGCUCAAGGUGGACGCAUCUGUGGCCAUUCUCACGGUGCUGGCAGGGCUCCUCAGUAUGGUGGCCCACAUUAUGUACACAACCAUUUUUCAAAUCACGGUGAACCUCGGACCAGACGAUUGGAAGCCUCAGACGUGGGACUACAGCUGGUCCUACUGCCUCACGUGGGGUUCCUUUGCCCUCUGCAUGGCUGUGUCGGUCAUGGCCAUGAACAGAUACACAGCAGCCCGCCUGGAGUUCAUAGAGAAGCAGAGGGUACAGAAGGACAGUCGGCACUCUCAACACAACUUCCCGGAACCCAAGGCUUCGGAAAGUGUUCGGGAAACAGAAGCUGCUCCCAGCCCUGCUGGGCGUGCCCUUGUGAGUGACUCUGCGCACCUGCUGCCCAGUGCCCCAGGCAAAGUGUCCAUGUGCUAG